UGGUUAGAAAAUGAACUUUAAGAGAAGGUACAAAUUAAUCUCGUUGGUGUUGAGUAAGACACUACUUCUAUUUCAUAACCGAAAAUAAAAUCUAAUUCUAACUUAUACACAUGUAAUAUUAUUAUUAUUAUUAUUAAUAAUGGGAGUGAUCAAAUGCUUUUACUUCUGCUGCCUAAGUUUACUGAUGCUAUGGCCAUGGAAUUCGAUUUCACCAUCACCGACGACGACCAUGGCAGCGAAGACGACGGGUCAUGUUGUAAAGGCGUCGAAUUGCAACCGAAGAUGCGGAGACGUGGAGGUCCCAUACCCCUUCGGAAUCGACGACGAAAACUGCGCCAUGAAUAAAGAAUUCUUGCUCAAAUGCAACCACAGCGAUGUUGAUUCUCCUCAGAAACUAAUAUAUGCAACAAACAUGGAGGUUAGCCAUAUCGAUGUUGAGAACGCCACUAUGAGCGUUAUGAUACCUCACUCCUUCGAAUGUUAUGGUGAGAAUGGUAGCUUAAUUAAUAAAGUCAUAUACCGCAUAAACUUGACUAGGCCCUUCACGUUCUCAGAAUCUGAGAACAAGCUCAUUGCCUUCGGCUGCGACACGCUGGCCUACAUGAGCGACUUUAACCAAAGUUUCGGCAGCGGCUGCAUCUCGAUCUGCAGUGAAAAUGUAAACAUGUUGGCCGAAACCUCGUGUUCGGGCGUAGGUUGCUGCCAGACCUCUGUUCCUAAGCAUCUCAAGACUCUGGUCAUAGCCAUCGGCAGCAUAAAUAUUCACUUAAAUGUGACUUCGUUCAACCCUUGCGGGUAUGCGUUCUUGGCGGACCAGAGGAGUUUCCAAGUCUCCGAAAUGCGCCUCGAUUUUCAGCCAAAACAGGUAAAGAAUCACAGCGUUUUGCUGGAUUGGGUUGUAGGAAAUGAGACAUGUGAUAAAGCUAAAUCGAAUCCAUCGUCUUAUCUGUGUGGCGAAAAUACUGAUUGCCUCUAUUCGGAAAAUGGUCGUGGAUAUCGUUGCAAUUGUUCAGAUGGAUUUAAGGGAAAUCCUUAUCAAGGCUGUGAAGACAUCGAUGAGUGUUCAGAGCCAGAGAAAUACAAAUGCAGAGGAUGCAAAAACACACAUGGAAGUUACAAAUGCAAGUGCCCACUUGGGAUGCAGGGCAAUGGAAAAGAUGGAAAUUGUGAAGGAUUUCGCAUCACCUCAAUUGCUUCAGUUAUUGGAGCAAGUAUUUUUUUGGUGAUUAUAGCUAUACUCCUUUUCCACGACAACAAUAGGAGAAAAAGGGAGAAAAUAUUUAAACAAAAUGGUGGUUUGGUGUUAAAGCACCAAAGAGUGAGAAUCUUCAGCAAAGCAGAGCUGGCCAAAGCAACCAACAACUACAGCCAAUCUAAUUUCAUCGGCCAAGGUGGCUUUGCUUCAGUUUACAAAGGAGUUGUACUAAAUGAAACUAGUAGUACUGCUACUACUACUCAACAAAUAGCCGUGAAGAAACCGAAACUUGACAAGGACGAUCAAAACAAGAGCAUACAAAUCAACCACCAACAAUUCCAUGAAGAAAUCGCCAUUGUUUCCCAAGUCAACCACAAGAAUGUGGUCAAACUCUUAGGCUUAUGUCUUGAGACAAAGAUCCCACUUCUAGUUUACGAAUUGGUACCAAACGGAACCCUCUCUCAACACAUCCAUACUAAAAGAUCAUCUUCAUCACCAUCAUCAUCAUCAUCAGCAGCCAUGUUAAGGCCUUGGAAAACUCGACUACGCAUUGCAACAGAAACUGCUCUUGCUAUCGACUAUUUGCACUCGUUAGCUCAACCUCCAAUCAUUCAUCGAGACAUAAAGUCGACCAACAUUCUCUUGGACGAAAACUACACUGCCAAAGUGUCUGAUUUUGGUGCCUCGGUUCUGAUACCUCCAGGCCAAACUGGUAUAGCCACGACAGUUCAAGGUACUCUCGGUUACUUAGAUCCAGAAUACUUGACUACUGGUACAUUGACUACGAAGAGCGACGUUUACAGCUUCGGUGUUGUUUUGGUGGAGCUAAUAACUGGAGAAAAACCGAUCUCAAAUGGGGUUAGGAGUGGAGGCAAGAGUAAUAUUAUUCAUUACUUUGUUUCAACGAUAAGAGAUCAGAACAAGGGUGAGAAAUAUGUGAGGAAAAUAGUCGAUCCUAAUGUUGUUUACGAUGAAGAUCACGAGAGGGAGAUAGAAACUGUUGCUGAGCUUGCGAUGAAGUGCUUGGAAGGACAUGGCGAGAGAAGGCCGUCGAUGAAAGAAGUGGCAGAAGAGCUUGUGGGGCUUAACAAGCUUAAAGGAAAUAAUAAUAAGCAGUACUAUAAGCCUCAACAAAAUAACGAAGAGACAUAUCAGUUACUUGUCGUUGAUCAUGAUGAUGAUCAGUCAUCAUUUUCUAUUGGGGAUGCAAAUAUUAAGAACGAUCAAGUCGUUGAGUAUACCACAUUCGAUGUGUCAGGAUAUGACGUGACAUCAUCAAUUUCUCUAAACUAGUACACUAGUCACAAUGUAAUGGUAACUAAUAAAAAUUUUGUGAUCCACUUAUGGAUCGUAAUAUGUUGGGAUGCACAUUUGUAAAGUAUUAUAAUAUAAAUUUAAUUAAUAUUGUUUUCGUAUA